UUAAAUGAUAAUCCAUCAACCCCGCGAACGGAAUUUUACAAAAACAGACAAGCAUUUAAAUCUGAAAUUGAAACGCUAUCCGCUUAAAUAAAGGAUUAUUCUUUCGGAUAUGGGAUCUACCUUCAGGGUCCCCACCUGCUGGGCACCGUAAUGGUGCUCCCCGCCCCAGCUGAGCCCCUCGCUGCCCUCUGAAGGAGCAGGAUGACAAGAUGGCACAGCUGCUUGUACCGCCCGGACCUGACAGCUUCCGCCCCUUCGUCCCCGAGUCGCUGUGCGCCAUCGAGAGGCGCAUCACCGAGGAGGAGGCCCGGAGACCACGGCCGGAUCGCCGUAUUGACACAGACGAUGAAAAUGGGCCCAAGCCCAACAGUGACCUGGAGGCGGGGAAAUCUCUCCCCUUCAUCUAUGGAGACAUCCCUCCCCGCCUGGUGUCCACCCCUCUGGAGGACCUGGACACCUUCUACAGCAAUCAGAAGACCUUCAUAGUAUUGAAUCGCGGGAAGGCAAUCUUCCGUUUCAACGCCACGCCUGCCUUGUACAUCUUAAGCCCCUUCAACCCUCUAAGGAGGGUAGCUAUUAGAGUUUUAGUUCACUCGAUGUUCAGCAUGAUGAUCAUGUUCACCAUCCUGACCAACUGUGCUUUCAUGACCCUCAGUAAUCCCCCGGAAUGGGCCAAGAAUGUAGAGUACACAUUCACAGGGAUUUACACCUUCGAGUCCCUUAUAAAGAUCCUGGCCAGAGGCUUCUGUGUGGGGAAGUUCACCUUCCUGCGGGACCCGUGGAACUGGCUGGACUUUAGUGUUAUCCUCAUGGCGUAUAUAACAGAGUUUGUAAACCUAGGCAAUGUUUCAGCUCUGCGCACGUUCAGAGUUUUGCGAGCUUUGAAAACUAUCUCAGUAAUACCAGGCUUGAAGACCAUCGUUGGCGCACUGAUCCAGUCGGUAAAAAAGCUGUCGGACGUCAUGAUCCUCACCGUGUUCUGCCUCAGCGUCUUCGCCCUCAUCGGCCUGCAGCUCUUCAUGGGCAACCUGAGGCAGAAGUGCGUACGCGCGAUAAUCAGCAGCAACGCCACCAACAGUAGCAACAUCACUGCCAAUGACGCAAUGUUUUUCAACAACUCCCUGCUGGAUUUCAACACUUCGUUUGUGGAGAACACCACGGAGAACUCCUUCAACUGGACGGAGUACAUCAGCGAUGAGAGUAAUUACUAUCGCCUCCCUGGCCGGAGGGAUGCUCUGCUCUGUGGGAACAGCAGUGGCGCUGGACUCUGUCCUGAGGGCUUCUCGUGUAUCAAAGCUGGACGUAACCCAGACUACGACUACACCAGCUUCGACUCCUUCAGCUGGGCGUUCCUCUCCCUGUUCCGACUCAUGACCCAGGACUACUGGGAAAACCUCUACCAGCAGACUUUGCGUGCGGCAGGAAAGCCCUACAUGAUCUUCUUCGUGCUGGUGAUCUUCCUGGGAUCCUUUUACCUGGUCAACCUGAUUUUGGCCGUGGUGGCCAUGGCUUAUGACGAGCAGAACCAGGCGACCAUCGAGGAGGCUCAGCAGAAGGAGGAGGGGUUCCAGGCCAUGCUGGAGCAGCUGAAGAGACAGCAGGAGGAGGCUCAGGUUGCCGCGGCAGCAGCCAUGGAGAGCGGAGAGUACAGCGAGAGGGGGGGCCCGGCCUCUGAGUCCUCCUCGGGGACGUCUAAGCUCAGCUCGAAAAGUGCCAAGGAGCGACGCAACAGGCGGAAGAAGAGGAAGCAGAGGGAGGAGGAGGAGAGAGGGGUCCGCGACAAGUUCCACAAGUCUGAGUCUGAGGACAGCAUCAAGAGGACCAGCUUCCGUUUCUCCAUUGAUGCCAACAGACUUUCAUACGAGAAGAGAUGCUCCUCGCCCAACGAGUCUCUGCUCAGUAUCCGUGGAUCCCUCUUCUCACCUCGGAGGAACAGCCGUGCCAGCCGGGCACGUGACAUGGGCUCUGAGAAUGACUUCGCCGACGACGAACACAGCACCUUCGAGGAGAGCGACAGCCGUCGAGGCUCGCUGUUCUUGCCGCGCCGUCUCGAGCGCCGCUGCAGCGCUGUGAGCCAGACCAGCCUUGGGGCGCCGCGGGUCAUGCUGCCCGCCAACGGCAAGAUGCACUGUGCCGUAGACUGCAAUGGUGUGGUGUCUCUGGUUGGUGGAACUUCUGUAACAACCUCCCCUGUAGGUCUCCUGCUGCCUGAGGGCACUACUACAGAUACUGAGCGAAAGAAACGGCGGUCAGGUUUCCGCCGUCCAUCCAUGGAUUAUUUAGAUGAACCAGUGGCCAGGCAGAGAGCCAUGAGUGUGGCCAGUAUCCUCACCAACACCAUGGAAGAGCUUGAGGAGUCGAGACAGAAGUGCCCUCCCUGCUGGUAUAGAUUCGCCAACACCUCUCUGAUCUGGGAUUGUUCCCCCGUAUGGCUGAAAAUCAAGGACGUCGUCACCACGGUGGUCAUGGACCCGUUUGUGGAUCUGGCCAUAACAAUUUGCAUCGUCCUCAACACCCUUUUCAUGGCCAUGGAGCAUUACCCCAUGACUAAAGAAUUCGACAACGUACUCUCAGUUGGAAACCUGGUGUUUACAGGCAUCUUCACAGCAGAGAUGUGCCUUAAGAUCAUCGCCCUGGAUCCCUACUACUACUUCCAGGAGGGUUGGAAUAUCUUUGAUGGCAUCAUCGUGAGUCUGAGUCUGAUGGAGCUUGGUUUGGCCAAGGUAGAAGGCCUGUCUGUGCUCAGGUCCUUUAGAUUGCUGAGGGUCUUCAAACUGGCCAAGUCAUGGCCCACUUUGAACAUGCUGAUCAAGAUCAUUGGGAACUCAGUGGGUGCUCUGGGCAACUUGACUCUGGUGCUGGCCAUCAUUGUCUUCAUCUUUGCCGUGGUGGGCAUGCAGCUGUUUGGCAAGAGCUACAAGGAGUGCGUGUGUAAGAUUUCUGAUAACUGCGAGCUGCCCCGCUGGCACAUGCAUGACUUCUUCCACUCUUUCCUCAUCGUGUUCCGGGUGCUGUGUGGAGAGUGGAUCGAGACCAUGUGGGAUUGCAUGGAGGUGGCUGGACAGACCAUGUGCCUGAUUGUGUUCAUGAUGGUCAUGGUCAUUGGAAACCUGGUGGUUUUAAACCUGUUUCUGGCUCUCCUCCUGAGCUCGUUCAGUGCCGACAACCUGGCAGCAACUGACGAAGACAGUGAGAUGAACAACCUGCAGGUCGCUGUGGGCCGGAUUCAGCGGGGCAUCGCAUUUGUCAAAUCCACAGUGCGGCAGUUCUUCCGGAAACUCUGCUUUGUUGGGGGCGGUAAGAGCUCCAGCCUGGCUGAGGAGAGCAAACACCUGGAUGAACUGCACAGCAAUGGCAAGGACAACUGCAUCUCCAACCACACUUCAGUGGAGAUCACAAAAGACCCCAGUGUGGUAUACAUGACAGAGGGCAAUGGGCGGCCAGGAGGGGGGCUGGUAGUUGGAGUUGGGGUUGGGGUCGUGGUUGUUGAGGACACUAUAGAGAAGUACCCAAUGGAGGAAUGCGACUACAUGUCAUUUAUUCAUAACCCCAGCCUGACAGUCACAGUGCCCAUCGCUGUGGGCGAGUCGGACUUUGAGAAUCCAAAUACCGAAGAUUUCAGCAGCGACUCGUCGGAUGUGGAGGGCAGCAAAGAGAAGCUCGAUGUAGAGCCCCGUGCUCCAAGCUCAUCGGAGGGGAGCACAGUUGAUAUUCGCCCCCCUGGAGAUGGGGUGGAUUCAGUGGAGCUAGAGCCGGAGGAGUCGCUGGAACCAGAGGCCUGCUUCACAGAGGGCUGUGUGAGCAGGUUCCAGUGCUGCCAGAUCAACGAGGAGGAAGAGCAUUUUAAGAGCUGGUGGACACUCAGGAAAACCUGCUUUAUCAUAGUUGAGCAUAACUGGUUUGAAUCCUUCAUCAUAUUCAUGAUCCUGCUCAGCAGUGGAGCACUGGCGUUUGAGGACAUUUACAUCGAGCAGCGGAGGACCAUCAAAACAGUGCUGGAGUACGCAGACAAGGUCUUCACGUAUAUCUUCAUCCUGGAAAUGCUUUUGAAGUGGGUGGCAUACGGAUUUGUCAAGUAUUUCACCAACGCCUGGUGCUGGCUCGACUUCCUCAUCGUAGACGUGUCCCUGGUGAGCCUCGUAGCCAACGCUAUGGGCUAUUCUGAGAUCACCGCCAUCAAAUCUUUGAGGACACUGCGAGCCCUGCGGCCCUUGAGGGCCCUGUCUCGGUUUGAGGGCAUGAGGGUUGUGGUGAACGCGCUGCUGGGGGCCAUUCCCUCCAUCAUGAACGUGCUGUUGGUCUGCCUCAUCUUCUGGCUCAUCUUCAGCAUCAUGGGUGUCAACCUGUUUGCAGGGAAGUACUAUUACUGCGUCAACACCACCACAGACAAGAUCUUCCCCAUCGACGUUGUCAACAACAAGAGCGACUGCCUGAACUUUGUCAACGACAGCGCCCGCUGGAGGAAUGUCAAAAUCAACUUCGACAAUGUGGGGGCCGGCUAUCUGGCUCUGCUGCAAGUGGCAACAUUUAAAGGUUGGAUGGACAUCAUGUACGCAGCUGUGGACUCUCGAAAUUUGGAGGACCAGCCGGAUUAUGAAGUGAACUUGUACAUGUACCUUUACUUUGUCAUCUUCAUCAUCUUCGGCUCCUUCUUCACCCUCAACCUGUUCAUCGGCGUCAUCAUCGACAACUUCAACCAGCAGAAGAAGAAGUUUGGAGGUCAGGACAUCUUCAUGACAGAGGAGCAGAAGAAGUACUACAAUGCUAUGAAGAAGCUGGGGUCCAAGAAACCCCAGAAACCGAUACCUCGGCCCACAAACGCAUUUCAAGGCUGCGUGUUCGACUUCAUCACAAAGCAGGCCUUCGACAUCGUGAUCAUGAUCCUCAUCUGCCUCAACAUGGUGACCAUGAUGGUGGAAACGGACGACCAGACGCCAGACAUGGACUAUCUCCUCUCCUGGAUCAACUUGGUCUUCAUCAUGCUCUUCACCGGGGAGUGUGCGCUUAAGAUGAUCUCUCUGCGGCACUAUUACUUCACUAUUGGUUGGAAUAUCUUUGACUUUGUGGUGGUGAUCCUGUCCAUUGUAGGUAUGUUUCUAUCUGAAAUUUUCGAGACCUACUUUGUGUCGCCGACUCUCUUCCGAGUGAUCCGUCUGGCCAGGAUAGGCCGCAUCCUCCGCCUUAUCAAAGGUGCCAAAGGCAUCCGGACGCUUCUCUUUGCCUUGAUGAUGUCACUCCCUGCCUUGUUCAACAUCGGCCUCCUCCUCUUCCUCGUCAUGUUCAUCUACGCCAUCUUUGGCAUGUCCAACUUCGCCUACGUCAAGCAGGAGGCGGGUAUCGAUGACAUGUUCAAUUUCGAGACGUUCGGGAACAGCAUGAUCUGUUUGUUUCAGAUCACCACGUCGGCCGGGUGGGACAGCCUGCUCGCGCCCAUUCUGAACAAGAGGGAGCCCGACUGCGACAGCAAGAUGGAGCACCCGGGCAACAACUACAAAGGCAACUGUGGCAACCCAUCUGUGGGCAUCUUCUUCUUCGUCAGCUACAUCAUCAUCUGCUUCCUCAUCGUGGUCAACAUGUACAUCGCCGUCAUCCUGGAGAACUUCAGUGUGGCCACAGAGGAGAGCGGCGAGCUGCUGAGCGAGGACGACUUUGAGAUGUUCUACGAGGUGUGGGAGCGCUUCGAUCCCGGCGCCACUCAGUUCAUGGAGUACAGCAAGCUCUCUGACUUUGCUGACGCUCUGGAUCCUCCGCUGCGCAUGCCCAAGCCUAAUAUGAUCCAGCUCAUCUCCAUGGACCUGCCGAUGGUGAGCGGCGAGCGCAUCCACUGCCUCGACAUCCUGUUCGCCUUCACCAAGCGAGUGUUGGGCGAAAGCGGUGAGAUGGACGUGUUACGCGGGCAGAUGGAGGAGCGCUUCAUGGCCUCGAACCCUUCUAAGGUGUCUUACGAGCCCAUCACCACCACCCUUCGCCGCAAACAGGAGGACAUAGCGGCCGUAAUCAUCCAGAGGGCUUUCCGCCGCUACAUGAUCUGCCUCAUCAUGAAGAAGGCCUCCGCCCUCUACAAGGAGCAGCUGAAGGAGGGCAUCCGGGACCCCGACAAGGACGUGAUGGUCAUCUGCAAGUUCAGUGAGAACUCCACCUCGGACAAAACGGACAUGACGCCCUCCACAGCCUCCCCGCCGUCCUACAACAGCGUGACGAAAUCAGACAAGGACAAAUACGAGAAAGAAAACAAAGGGAAAGACGGGAAGAAAUAGACUUUUUAAAUAGGAACAAAAACAUAACAAUGCAUCACAGACAUGAGGGCAAUUUGUUUACAGCUUCUAAAGGGGGGAGAUAGAUGUACGCUUGUGUGUUAAGACAUGAGGAUGCCAGGCAGGCCUAACAUGGGAGUGUGAUUAUGUCAUAUGUGAAUACAUGGGGUCAAAGGAUCCAGCAGACAUUGAGAGACUCUCUGCAUACCACUUGUGAGUUUCCUAUUGGUUGUUGUUACUAUCUGACACACUUGAGUGUACUGUUAAGUUGUCUGUAGCUAGUGCCGCUGCUACUACUAUGAAUCCAGUGUCUUGAAUUGAACAAUCGCUGUAUCACUUAACAAGUACUCUGCAUUUUCUUUUCUUUCUUCUUUUUUUUUACGAGAAAGAAUGUUUUCUACUUUUUAUUUAUUAUUAUUAUUAUUAUUAUUAUUAUUAUUGAGAGAAUGUGUCCACUGCUUUCACUGUUUGUAAACUUACCAAUGGCAGACAAAAGUCAAUGCUGGAAACUACAACACCCAUGUGAACUACAGCGCAGGUGCUGUUGGUUCACACAAGCGGGGACAAAAAGUGCGCCACUCAAUUGCAACGGACAAAUGCGUUGUGUUCACAGGUGUGCCAUCAGUGAUUGUUGAAAUCUGUAUUGUGCUUCUAUCUGGGCUGACAUCUCCUGUAGAAAACACUCUGAAUACAGAGAAGCUGAAUGUAUGCAAGGAAUGGGACACAUUUAAAGAAAUUGUUUGACAUUUUGGGAUUUUGCAGCGACUUAGAUGAGAAGAUCAAUCUACUUCUUGGCAACAAAGCAGACUUCCCAAAAUGUCAAAAGCUUUCCUUUAAAGGGAACUCAUAUCUACUCGUUCAUCCGCUGUCGUAUUUGUUGUUUGCCCCUUUAUCCUACCAGAGCUCCUGUAAAGAAAAACUCCUGAAGUAAUGACAUAUACUAAAAAAAGAAUCUCACUUAACUGCUGUCAAGCUAGAACAUGACAUUAUAUCACUUUUAAAAGUUCUAAUAUCACAAAUGUUUGUAUGGCAUUCAUGUUGUUUAAAUUGAGAAGCGAGUGGUUUUAAUGUUGUGCUUUGGUUUGUAAAUAGUAUAGCUAUUUGGGCCCACAGUAUGCAUCACACUUACAUUUGAUGUAAGAGCACUUUUUAUCCCCACAUAUAUGUAAAUAUAUAUACGGUCUUACAUGUAAGUGUGUGUGUGAGAUGUAUGUCUUAUGUGUAUAUUUGUAAGAAAGGGAGACUGUAACGUCUUUAUGUGAGCGAGUGUGCGUUUGUGUGCAACUGGGGUCUGCAGGUUGUCCCACCGAUUAUAAAUAACAUUUUUACUGUAGAUAUGAGUGCAUUUUUCCCGUCUUCGGAUUUUUUGGUUUACAAUUCUUUUCUAGAAGUCAUUAUGGUUUCCUUUCUGCACUGUAACACAUGAUGAAACACAUGUGUUCUCCCCAUAUCUGUAGAUAGAAACCAUGAAGCAAUCAGUAGCCAUCUCAUUGCGCUUGUAGUGUUUUAGUGAACUGCAUGCAGGAAGUGACUACUGUCCGCUCAUAUGGUAAUAUAAUUUCAAAGCCAAAAGAAUAAAGGACAUAUUUUUUGUAAAGGCUUUCUCCAUUUCCUUCCCGGCCUUUUCUUUGUUCGAUCCUUCGAGAGUUUGUGACCUACAGUAUGAUCAUUCAUGGGUUACAUCAAUUUUGCAAAAUGUGACAAGUGACACUUUUUUUUUUAAUAUAACCAAAGAUGUUCCAACAAAAUCUAGAUUUCCAAAAUAAAAACCUAUUUUGGGAAGCAUA